AUGGCGGCGGGCAAGCACUUGAGUGAGAGACCCCCUUCGUCUACGCGCGAUGACUGCAUCGACGAUCUGUACGAGAACAAUGCGUUCGGUGACGAGGACCGCGAACUUGAGGUGGCUUCGGCCAAGGCCGAAAGCAAGACAAAGAGGAGUGCAGCGGAGCCCCAGGAGUCCAAGGGUGCAGACAGCAAGUCGCAGGGCAACAAGGUGCAGUUCGACGUGUGGGUGGCCCGCAAGGACAAAUACGAGCGCAUGGCUCGGGCGUUGGCGCAGCUGGACCCGGCCCGCGCUGGUAGCGAGGAAUCCUGGCUCGAAGUCGCGGUGGCGCUCGCAGCGACAGACUGCCAGCUGAAGACGGGUAAAACAUCGGCGUGCGACUGCCCAGGAGUGUGCCGUGAGCCGGAGCAUUCAGUGGUGAGGCAGCGCACUCGCUGCCAGUGUCCAGCACGAAAGUGUUCUCUGUGCAGACGCUGUGUCGGAACGACUCCGGGCGCGAUCUCCCCCAAGAUGAUCGCAGCGCUGGAACCGUACGAAGGCGUCACAAGCGAUCCCUCUGACAGCACGAAGUCCAUGCUGAAUCUAGCAGGCGUGCUAGCUCGCAGCGGUGAGGGCCACGUGCUGAGUCUGGAGGACGGCACGAGUAUCCGCAUCACCACCGCAGCGUUCCGGAUAGCUCAGACUGUCUUGGCGCAGUGCAGCAUCCUGGAGUCACCCGAAGGCGUCAAGCUGCAACGGCCGUGCUCGUGUCCUGUGCGCUCGCUGGGCGAUCUCUGGGUCAAAUGGACCACGAAGAACCACACGUUCUCGCGCGUGCCGCUGAGCGAGGACGAGGCGCGGCAGUUCUCAGCAGGAACUCGGCAGAUGAUGGACCAAGACAAGAACGAAGACGGCAACACGGUCUACUAUAUGACGCUCAAGUGGCACGCGGCGGCCAAGCCCCAGAAGGGCGACACGGCCAAGAUCGCAGCACGUCGAGCGCUCACAGCGGACCAGAAGAAGCAGAAUGCCUUCUUCCUUGGUCUGUGCAAGAAGUACUGGCAGAAGGCCCAGCUCCGCGUGGCGGAAUAUCUCCAGAAGACGCUGGCGGCGGCUGCAGACAGCGCUCAGAGCUCGGGCAAAAGUACGGCCGACGUGGAGAUGCAGGCAUUGAAUCGUCUGGGCGUGCGACGCAUGCUGCAGUGGCUGGAGGAAGAUGCCGAGGCGGUGGAGAAUGCUCGUCAGGAGGAGGCCCGUGAGAAGGCCGAGGGCGGAAUCGUGGCGCACAACGCGUGGGUCCGUCGUAAAGACCGCCUGCGCAUUCGGAUGCCGACUCCGGAGACGACCGACGGAGCAAGAAGACCUGCUCGACAUGCUCCACCGCCUCGGUUUGACUUCUCAAUGGGGUCCGGUGUCGUCCGGCAUAAGCAGCCCUGCCGCCCUCCAAGCUCCACGGCAGAACUCAUGCGCAACAGCGGUCUCAAGUACGUGCACGCCAUGAGCGAGGGCUUCCAGGGUCGCGGCGGUGAUCUCGAGAAAAGCAAGCAGCUGCUCGUUCAACAGGGCCACGUGCUGCGCGACAACUUCGACCAGGACGGCGGUGGCGACGACGACGACCCCGACUCGAACCCGUUCUCCAAGGAUCGAUACCUCUUUGAGCGCCGUAACAACCCGGCACUGCGUGGCAAGCUCGAGGGCGAUCGACGUCGACGAGAGCAGAGUCGAGAGAGCUACGCUGCGUGGGUCGCGCACAAGGCGAUGCGAGAUAAGGCGGCCAAGUUCCUGGAGCACCUGCCACCGCCGAGGGACGGAGAAGAGGGCGACCCAGUUAUCGACAACAACGCGAGCUACGAAGACGACUUCGACGAUUCAGGGCGAGGGCCCGCGACGCCGGCAGCCGUGAGGUGGGAAGAGGUCGGCAAAGCGCUCAAAGCGGUCGAUCGCACGCUGUUGGACGCGUGGGUGCGUUGGAGUCGCGGGUUCCGCAGUGCCGGUCGAUGCCGCGCACUCUGGGAGAGCUUCGCCCCCGUAAGUUGUGACGUUCACUGCGCGUCGUCGCCAUUGCGUGACGUUUUCCUCAAGCUGCUUCAUCGUCCGUCGGGCGUCAACUACAAGCAGGCGUGCGUUGAGCUUUGCACGCGGAAGCACAAACAGGCACUGGCCCGUGGCGAUGCCGUCGACGAGAACGGGGAAGAGCUGGACGAGGACCUGGAAGAAGCCAAGCUCAUAGCGCGAUACGGCUUUGUGACGGGUCGUGAGCUGGCAACGCUGCUGCGAGGUCUCGGGCUUGUGUUGCAGCCCGAAGAAACUCAGCGACUGGUUGAGUUCUUUGCCGACCCCGAAGAGGCCCAAGGUGAUAGCGGAGCAGUUCGUCUCAAACUUGAGGCGUUCUUGGCUGUGGUCGGUGACGAGCGUCGCGCGUCGUGCCGUGGCGACACGGAUCAGUUGCUGAGCUCCGUGUGCAUGUGGGAGACCGUGUGUCAUGAAUGUGGAAUGCUGAACGCCUUUCAGCUGGUGCUGGGCACCGAGGGCUCCAGUCGUCGACGUCGAGCCGAGUUGCCCGGCCACGUGUGCAGACGCGAACAGUAUGGCGGCAGAUUCUCGUGCACUCCUGAAAGCGACAUGAUCGCGGUGCGGCGUGUAGCUCCGCGCCACUGCACCUUCGCUCAAUGGGACGACACUCAAGCCUCUCCGUUCCUGAAGAAGUUAGAGCUGUGGUCGGCCGUGCCCCGCGAGCAGCACGUACUGCGUGAACUCGUGACAUCUGGAAAGCCCCCAAGUAUCCCCGUUCUGGAACGAGACGACAGCGAAGACACGCUGGACUUGACGACAAUGCUGCGUCUCACGUGGAAGAUGCCUCAAGGGGGAGGGGGUGGUGGAGCCCCCGUGUUCUACCAGCUCGAGACUGCAGGCGCAGAGGGGUCCGCGAGCUUCCGCGUCAGCGCCUACCACGAGAUCUGCCGUGACCCGAAGGACUUCUCCGACAACGACGGAGUUCCUCGCGGCGCCUUCACAGUGACAGGCUUGUCCCCGAACACCAAGUACGCUUUCCGCGUCCGCGCGCUCAAUGGCUUUGGCGCCGGCUCCUACGCUUUCUCGUACUUCAUGACGGCCCCAGCAAGACCCGCCGAGCCACUGGCCAUAGUCAUUGCCCCCCACAGCGUGAAACUCGCGUGGGAAAGCUCGUCGUACUACACGCGGCGACUGCGAGAGCUGGAGGAGGUCUUCAAAGAGGCCGACGCCGAUGGCAACGGCCGAAUCUCGCGCGACGAGUUCAUGGAGGAGAUCGAGCGCCGCAAGCCGAAACUCGUUGCGUUCCUCCAACAAACGACAUCGGUCGACAACGGCGCGGCACAGGGAGCUCCUCCACUGAGCGUGUUCGACGCCAUCGAGACUGACGAUAACGAGAGCAUAUCGUGGGAGGAAUUCCUGCGCUUCUUCCAUGGCGUCUUGGAUCAGUCCGAUACUGCGUCUCGGAGCUCUCUGGGCUCGAAAGGUUCUGCCAGGUCGUCACAGAGUUCGCGUCGAUCCAAGGCCAGCGCCUCCGCUGCGACGUGUCGAUACAUCCUCAAGCAGUGCUCGAACGAGUCUGCGGGCGAAUACGUCGAGAUCUACCGCGGAGCAGCACCAAAGUUCGAGGUGCUUGGGCUCCACAGCAGCAGCACGUACCAGUUCCGAGUGCAGGCGGUGAACGCUGAGGGCCGGGCCAGUCUUCAUAGCGAGCCGGUGGUGGUAAACACUCUCCUACCCACGCCUGCCCCGCCGACUGUCAACUCGAGUGCGCUUGAGCCAGCGGUGCAGAGUGGACUUGUGCAGCUUCGGUGGGCAGUAGCCAACGCUCGCCCCAGUCUCUCACCUGCAGCUUUGCGCGCCCCCAACGGCGCCGACGAUCAAGUGUCCCGGUUGUUGAAGGAGUGGGCGCAGGAGACGAGUCUCGACGACGGAGCGGUGGACUACAAGGCGCGAUUCGAUCGCUACGAUGUCGACGGCAGCGGCUAUCUCGAGCUGCCCGAGUUCCAGACGCUGCUCAGCGAACUGGGACUGCCCCCGACGCCCGAGCGACUCGCUUCAUACCUCGCAGCCUUCGACCUCGACUCGGACGGCAAGAUAUCGUACCCCGAGUUCGCGCGCUGGUGGACGCAGCCAGAUGUGCACUACGUCUUGAAGCGGGACUCUGGAUGUCGGGAAGGCCAAGACGACGACAUGCAGACGCCAGGCUCGUCGAAAGCUGACGAGAUGAAACUCGUUUGUUACCGCGGUGCCGAGGCUACUGCAAUUGUGAGCGGCCUGGAGCCGAACACUCGCUACCGCUUCCGUCUUCGAGUCGUGGGCGCCCACGCGUCGAGUGCUCUAAGCGAUGCCCUGACGAUUUGCUCAGCGCCCAGCGCGCCCACGUGCGUCGGACGAGUGGAUGUGGGCCACGACAGUGCACUGGUUCGCUGGCAUCCGGGUCCUGGAGGUGCAGCGAAGUACGCGGUCGACUGCAAGCGCAUUGAGACGUUGACACCGAGGGCUUCCAGCUCCAACGACGGCCCCACCGAAUGGCGACGGGUGUACGAAGGCCGUGAGCCGCUCGCGUACAUCCGCGACCUCCAGCCCGAGACGGUCUAUCGCCUUCGCGUGUUCGCACUCAACAGCGACGGAAUCGCCAGCGCGCAGUCGACGGUCUCGCAGCUGUGCACGACCAGCAAAGAAGUCUCUCAACGUCGCUCUCGACUGGCCAGACGCCCCGCGGGUGCUGUCGACUACUUCACCAUUGAAUGCGGACCGGAAGAGGGAGACUUGGUACUUGGGGACACCGUCCUCUUCUGUGAACGUCUCAUGCGCCGCACCACGGACGUCGAUCGGUUCUCGAGACCAAGUUCAGGCUUAGCGCAGUCCUCAGUGUACUCCGUUACCAGCUCCACUGGAGGCGCAGAGGCUGUCGGCGAGCGCACGGUUGCAGCGAAGGUUGUCGGGGUGUCUCGUCACCCUCGUCACGGAAACGUUCUAGCUCUCACGGUGGUCUGGUGCACCGUUCAGCUGUACAACGUCGAGUCUUCGGCGACGGCUUCAAGGCGCGGCGGGACGAGCAUUAGCGGGAAGAAGCGAACAACUUCCAUCCACACGUCCAGUCGAGAGCUCUCUGCGAUGGCCAGCGUCGAUGGAUACUCGCUUGCCACGGAUCUCAAAAUCUCUCGGCCCGAGCGAAAUCUCUAUCGCUUCGACACGUUCCGCGCGGAGUGGGAAGAUGAAGCUGCUCGCUAUGCUAGCACAUGGGAUAAAUAA